AUGGCGACGCCGGGGACUGUUUCUCGGUCCGUUUGGACCGUAGUUGACAGACCGGUCGGUUGCAUCAUUGCGUCAAACAAUGGUGGCAUCCUGGUGCUCAACGAGAACACGGUGACAAUGACCAUGGCGCAAGAUGCAGCAGAGGCCGCAAGCGGAAGGAGCAGCAGUGUGCCAGAUGCUCCAGAACAGUUCCGAGGACGAAGUGGGCCUGGUGAUGAUUCCGGUGACGGUGACGGUGGUCCUUCUGGCGGCUCUUGUGCCUGCUGCCAGGAAAUGCGCCUAAUGAACCUCUACCUUCAAUACCUUUUGGAGAAGGAGAGGAGGGCGAGGAGAGCCAGGACCGUUCCUUCAGAUGAUAAUUCCCAGGCUGAGGGCAGGAUGCGGAACUUCCAAUUCCGUCUUCCGUUGGGAGAUGCGCGGCCGAAUCCCAUUGAUUUGGCCGGGUCACUUGACGAGCCCAGCGCUGCUCCGACUGCUGGGGCGGUCUCCGUCCGCAAGCGUGAGGUCGAUGCAGAGACGUUCCAGAAUGAGGGCGAUGGUUCCACGGCCAGCAUGGCCUGGAAGAGAUUGAAGGCAUCUCCAGUGACGCUUGCGCCGUUGGAGCUUGACUGCUUUGGUGAGUACUUGCCAGACAAUGUACAGUUUCUUAAUGCAGCACCCUCCAAGAAGUAG